AGCAAGUAUACAUUUUUUGAGCCUUUUUAGAGAAAAUCAUAUCAUUGUAGUAAAUUAUGCAAAUUACGCGAUUAUGUCAUGGUGACCACGCCCAUAGCCACGCCCCCACCGCCACAGGUAUCUUGGCAGUUUGUGGGAAACACUGUAUACGUAUAUAUAUAUAUAUAUAUAUAUAUAUAUAUACAUACACAUAUACAUACACAUAUAUACAUAUAUGUAUAUAUAUUUACAUAUAUACUGUACAUAUAUAUAUAAACAUAUACAGCCAUGGUCAAAAGUGUACGUACACUUGUAAAGAACAUCAUGUCAUGGCUGUCUUGAGUUUCCAGUAAUUUCUACAACUCUUAUGUUUUUGUGAUGUAGUGAUUGGAGCACAUACUUGUUGGACACAAAAAACAUUCAUGAAGUUUGCUUCUUUUAUGAAUUUAUUAUGGCUCUACUGAAAAUGUGAGGGUCAAAAGUAUACAUACAGCAAUGUUAAUAUUUGCUUACAUGUCCCUUGGCAAGUUUACCUGCAAUAAGGCGCUUUUGGUAGCCAUCCACAAGCUUCUGCUGGAAUUUUGGACCACUCCUCUUGACAAAAUUGGUGCAGUUCAGCUAAAUGUGUUGCUUUUCUGACAUGGACUUGUUUCUUCAGCAUUGUCCACACCUUUAAGUCAGGACUUUGGGUAAGGCCAUUCUAAAACCUUCAUUCUAGCCUGAUUUAGCCAUUCCUUUACCACUUUUGAGGUCAUUGUCCUGUUGGAACACCCAACUGCGCCCAAGACCCAACCUCGGGACUGAUGAUUUUAGCUCGUCCUGAAGAAUGUGGAGCAACACCAUCACGUGACCAGCCCUACAUGUCCGCUGUACACAUGAGAGUCCACAUGCGAGAGAAGAAAAACAAACAUGAAGCGACGCAAGAGAAGUGCUGUGUGGGAACAUUUCACCCUAAAAGAGGACGAUGCAACGUGCAAAAUAUGUAAGGCUGUUUUGAAGUACAACAAUUCAACCAGUUCGUUAAAUUACCACCUAAAAAGUUUACAUGCCGCUGUGCUUGGAGGAGAGAGUGGAGGCGGAGCACGGCCAGGCCAGCCCUCCGUCGCCGAAGCGUUUUCCAAAAGAAAAGCGGUGUGUGAUGACGCACGGGCAGAGGGCAUCACCCAGAGGAUUUGCAACAUGGUUGAAAAGGAUAUGCUGCCUAUAAGCAUUGUGGAUGGCAAGGGGUUUCGUGAGUUGAUGAACUAUUGUGAGCCAGACUACCAAAUCCCUUCUCGAGAAACAAUAACAACCCGCAUAGAGGCUCGCUACAAAAGAAAGAAAGCCGAGCUGAAAGCACGACUGGCCAACACGCAUGUAGCAAUAACCACUGACUGUUGGACGUCAAAUACAACAGAGAGCUAUAUCACCGUCACUUGCCACUACAUGGAGGACUGGCUGAUGAGGUCGGCAGUCCUAGCCACAGAGAGUAUGCCGAUGAGCCAUACGGCUGAUAAUUUAGCAGAACGGCUGAAUGAAAUUGUGCAUGCAUGGGGGCUGACCGGGCGAGUGAUAGCCUGUGUUCACGACAACGCGAGUAACAUCCCUUUGUUAAAAUUUCAAUUGUCCACCUGCCUGAUGAUCUAAAUAUUAAGUUGAUUGUUGUAGCCAGGGUUGGCUAAACUUGGCUUGCUUAAUAUUUUACUAUCACGAUCACCAUUGUCUUUCAGGAAUGUUUACUUGAAGUUGUUGUCAGCCUGUUUCAAGCUGACUGAUUAUUACAUUAAUGUUUACACUAAUAGUUUGUGAGAGACAAACUAAGAUGGGCAUAGUGCAUGCACUUUAUUUUAUUUUAUGCAGUGACAUGUUUUUCAUUCAGUUCUUCUGUCAGCCUCACUUGAGCCCAAAUGUUAAGUUGAAUCAAUGACUGUUCUUCUGCAGCAGGCUUAGGUUUACUUAUUUUGCUGUUACUUACAAUUUCAGGGAUGUCUGCCUUAUAUUUUUUCAAGUUGACUGUCAUAUAGGCACUUUUCCCAGUUCAAGAGGGAUUCAAUUAAUGUUGCAGCUUGCAGGCUGCUAGCCUUCUAAUAGUUUGUGAGACAGACUAAGAUGUGCAUUGUGCAUGUUGUGCACUUGAUGUUACUUUAUUUUUCUUGUCUUUACAGUAGUGAGUGAGUGACAUGUUUUUUCACUUCAGUUCUUGUCAGCCUCACCUGAGUCCAAAGGUGAAGUUCUGCAGCAGACUGCAACAGCCAACAGGCUUACUUAUUUGCUGCCUGCUGUUACAAUUUUCAGGGAUGUCUUCCUUGU